CAAUUGCUUUAUGAUUUCCAUAUAGGUGAUUAUUGGCACCCUUUUGAUGAAGGGUUAAUAUCGCUAGCAAAACAUCUAAUGCUUUCCUCUCAUUAUCAGUCGACGUCAGUGGAAACUGAAAAAUACCGAGUCGCCGUAGCAUUAUUUGAACGCGGAAAAAGGUUUGGUGAUCCGCGUAGUAAAUGAAUCGAAACAUUUUAGCUGUCAACACAACGUGAAGUUGUCAAAGUGGAUUGUUUAAGAGUUCUUUCUUUAUGCGAAAAAUGGCAGCAACUGUGUUCCGGAUGUUAAGGUAAAGUCGCUUUGCUUUCUUAUAUUUGGGUCUGUGUAGUAAGCCGAGAUUCAGGAACAGAGUCGGGAAAAGUUAAGUUUAACUCUUGUGUUCUCACCCAAUCUCGUUUAGUUCAGUCAAAUGAUCAAUGAUUUAUAAUUCGCUUGUUAACUCUUCAGCAAUUUCAUCGAGGAUAAUCGUGACGUCCUUGACUAUUUCAAAAAUAGCUUCUGUCUGUUUUCAAAUUAGCUUCGUAAUUUAAACAAAAAGAGGUUUAUGUAAUUGUUAUAACCAGUGUUAUCUUACGGGGUUUAAUUUUUAAUCAGUUGUUUAUACGCUUCGCUAAAUUGUCAUUUUACUGUAUUUAUCGAUGUCUUCUCCCGGCCUAGUAUAAGUUUUGAGUCUGGGAUGUGAUAAAUACGUCAACCAGUAGCGAAAUGUUCGAAUUAUGUACCUUCUAAAGUAUAUACAAUACUGAGAGAAUUCAUACGAAACGUUUAUAGCCUCACGGGGAAUUGAAAAAGCCAAUAUACUCUAUAGAAGGCGUUUUACCCGUAUAUUGAAUCCCGGGGGAUUACUUUGUUUAUUGGGCCUUAUCGUAUAGGGUUUCAUGGGGUCAUACAUGAACUACUGACUAUCAUUAGUCUGUCAUUUUACUGUGCUUAUCGAUGUCUUCUCCUGGCCUAGUAAGAGUUUUGAGUCUGGGAUUUAAUAAAUACGUCAACCAGUAGCGAAAUGUUCGAAUUACUUACCCUCUAAAGUAUAUACAAAACUGAAAGAAUUCAUACGAAGUGUUUAUAGCCUCAAGGGCACUUCAAAAAGCCAAUAUACUAUAUAGAAAGCGUUUUACCGUAUAUUGAAUUCCGGGGGAUUACUUUGUUUACUUGGUCUAGACUGGGUAUGUGAUAGCCUCCCACGCAGGCGUUUUUAGGGGAGCUCGUAUUUCUUCCCUCCCCACAAACGUUUUACCCGUAUAUUGAAUUCCGGGGUAUUACUUUGUUUAUUUGGUCUAGACUGGGUAUGUGAUAGCCUUCCACGCAGGCGAUUUUAGGGGAGUUCGUAUUUCGUCCCUCCCCACAAACGUUUUACCCGUAUAUUGAAUUCCGGGGGAUUACUUUUUUUAUUUGGUCUAGACUGGGUAUGUGAUAGCCUCCCACGCAGGCGAUUUUAGGGGAGUUCGUAUUUCGUCCCUCAGGGAAGAAAUACGAGCUCCCAUAAAAAUGCCUGCGUGGAAGGCUAGGUAUGUGACCGUGACAGAUUAUGUUUUCCGGGAUCGUGAGUCUUGAACCGGGUGUACUUAGCAUUUAGAACAGGCUGUGUUUUUGGACCGGAAGAGUAUAAAAGAAUGCGGAUCAUGUUGAAGGGUGAGUGGUUCAUUUGUCUUACCACAGGUGGCCCAAACUCGCGUUACGGGGGAAGGGUGUGUUGUAAUUGACAUACCAUACGUGACGCGCCGGUGACUUUGUAUGAGAAAUAUAUUACUGAGAUCUGCGAACGCUAAAUAUACUUCCUCUCAGUAGCUUUCGUUAAAAUGGUUAAAAUGGCAUAGCGCGAUUUUCGUGACCUUGAAAUGAAAGAGGGCGAAAAAAACAGAAACAACGAACGAACGGAAAUAGAGCAAUUUGAUUGGUUUAUCGAACGGAUACAAACGUGCGUGCCUUAUGGUUGGUUAAGCAAACGCUCAAGUGAAAAAACUUCAUGCCCGAGAACUUUCUAGAAAUCAUCCGAUACUUUGCUUUGACGUCAUACUGCAACGCGAUUGGCCAAUCGCACAAUGCCUUCCCCUUAUUAGGGUUUUCUUUGGCGGGAAAACGAAGAGAGAGAGAGAGAUCUUUUCACCCACUGGCUGACAAAGAAAAUAACGAACACUUAGCGAAACCAUUUUUCAAGGUCAUACGAAAGUCGCUCUAACUCUUCUAUGUUUAUUAUUAUAUCAGUGUUUAUGAUUAUAUUUUGAACGAGCUUAUUAGCUCAUGAGACGAUAGACACGAUACGUGGGUAAAUAUACGAUUGUAUUGUAUUGUAUUUUAGUAAAAUCCACCUAGUGGUCUAUUAUCAAUUAAUGCUGCGUUUAAUGUUCUGAUUGGUUGAGCUACUAAUAGUCUAUAUGUUAUAGCCUACUAGAAGCGAAAAGCGCCGACUUUGAAAACCAAAACAAUGGCGGCUGAAUUGCGUUUUGCUAGCUAAAGUUGUUUUGUCUGGAUAUUUUUGUACCAACUAGUUGGAUUUUACAAAAACAAUUAUUCCUCUCGCCCUCAUGGCCUCUGAGUCAGAGCCCAUUCGGGCUCGAGGAAUAUUUGUUCAGUAUUGUAUCAAAGUCAACAAAACUGUGUUAAAAUGGUUAAAUAAGAUAUCAAGCUCUUAUGGCAUUCGUUUUAUGUAUAUCCUUACAGAAUGACAAGAGGAGCAGCAGUUAUACUAAGGCUUUGUCGCAGAAACAUCCUAUGGCUGGUUGGGGCUUUGAUGCUCGUUAUCGUGUUUCAUUUGUAUUUUAUAAAAGGCAUAAAAACGAUCACCACGAGGGAAAAUGACCACUUUCCGCCAGUUCCCAAGGAAUUUUUAUCUCCUUCUCAUACAAAAGUGAGUAUGAAUCGCCUGUACCAUUAUUCACUUGAAAGAGCAGUCAAUAGCCCUAGUAAAUUUCUUGAAUGGAAGCUGCGGCUCUUAUUGAGGGAGAUGUUUAUUCACUGCGAAGCGCAAUUUUCGAGUAAAUAAGGAAAACGCGUUACCCCCAAGAAAAAUAUUUUUAUAUAUUAUAAAAGGUUACAUACAGAGUUAAGUAACGUAAAAGUAAUUACUUUAGCCAAUCACAGCUGACGCAGAUAACCCAAAGAACCAAUCAGAACUAGGAUCAAAUACGUGUAAUUGGCACCAACAAGCGCGGUAGCAGGUGCUCAAACAUUGCCUCUUCCCCAGUCGCUCGUGAUCACUGUUCCUUCCCAUCACUCCCUGCUCGUACUCCGCGCUCGUUCUCAUCAUCCCCCUCCCGCGCUUCUCGCUUGUCCGCAAAGCCAUUGGAAAGCCCUUGGCGGAGGCAGGCUCAAGAAAGUGACUCCUGGUUGGUUUAAAAAAUGGCGCGAACUUUUCUAGUCCUCUUUAAAAAAUGCUGAAGGUUGACAUUACGGACUCUGGCUACUCUGGUCGCUAUUGCUAUUUCGGAUAAUCGUGGUCUCGAGCAUGGACUCACGUUGUUCGUGUUUGCGAUUACAGGAAACAAGAAAAGGGUUCCCAAAAGAUGGGAACGGAUAUAUUGCCUGCAUCGACUGCGUGACGGGCGCGUUAGUGGGGUCUAAUUUCGUCCCCAUUCUCCUCGCGGCUUUACAGCCAACUGGCGAAGCAGUUGCUCGUGACGAAUCCUGCCAAAAAUAAAAUAAAACAUUUUUAAAAAAAACCUGCCAAAAAUACGCAGGCUAAGCGAUGGCCUUUUUAAAAAGAGUUAACAUUUAAAUAUAUAGACUACAAGAAUUCAUCACAGUCAAUUGCUUAUUUCAUGAUUAUGAAUAAAGACUUUUUUUUGUCCUUUUUGUCUAGUUCCCGUCCGAAGAGUAUUGUUCUCGUCGAAUCGAGGAGGACCUCUCUCUAAUCAGCAACGGCACACGCCCAGUUCCCAAAUCAGUCCAAGAAAUCUCCGACUACAACAUUCUCAAAACAUUCUCUCAGCUCAACUGUGGACAAAUUUCAGCACUUUUUUCUCCGCCGUCUGAACCAAGUGACGAGGAGCGGAAUUUUCCCUUGGCAUAUGCCCUACAACUUUACAAAGGCGCAAGUUUGUUUGUAAAACAGCUUCAGUUUAUUUAUAUGCCACAAAACAUUUAUUGCAUCAACAUCGACACUACCUCUUCUCUAGUGUUUGUGCGCGCCAUACAACAAAUCGCAAGAUGUUUGCCAAAUGUUUUUGUUACAAAGAAGAGGAUAAAAGUUAUAUAUCUUCAUGUUUCUACAGUUCGAGCUCAGUUAAACUGCAUAGAGGACUUGCUCCAAAGCUCUGUCCGUUGGCGUUAUUUGUUUAAUUUAUGUGGCCAAGAUUUUCCCUUAUAUUCCAAUCAAGGUCUCGUGCAGGCGCUAAAAGCCUUGAAUGGGCGAACGAAUGCAGAAAGUUGCAAGCCAAAUAACUACACAAGUUUGCGUACAAUCAACGUGUUUGAAGUAAAAAUAGUUAAAGGUAAAGAGGGCCAUGAUGCCUAUGAAUGGGCAAAUACAGGGAAGGUGAAAACCCCGCCCCCGCAAGGAAUUCAAAUCUACAAGGGGUCGUCUUUUAUUGCGGGAACCAGAAAGUUCUGCGAGUACGCUGUUUACGAUGAAACCGCCAAAGCUUUCUUAAACUGGUUAAGUGACACCAUUUUUGUCGAUGAAUCGUUUUUUACUACUCUGUUCCGUCACCCGGGUGUGCCGGGGGGAGUGCCCUGGCCGGAGCAACAGGAGUUCAUCACACGGGGUGCGGUCAAUUGGUACUACCCAGAGAACAGGACUCCCUGCCAUGGUUAUUGGCUUCGAGGAUUAUGUGUGUUGAGUUUGGCAGAUUUGAGCUGGGUGUUUGGCUCUGAGCUUAGAAACAUGUUAUUUACGCAGAAGAUUGAUUUUAAGUAUGACCAAGAACUUGUCGAUUGUUGGUAUGUGAUGGCACAGAACAGAAAAACACAUCCAUACACUACCAAAGGAAUAUCUUGGAGUAAACACAAAUGUAGUUAAGACUGUACGAUUGAAUGUAUUCAGAUCUUUAUACUACUACAUUAGAAAUUACUGCAAUUUGAUUGGCUUAGAGCAGUGGUAUUUCAACUUAAUUUGAAAUACGUACUUGUGAAAAUUACGAAACUUUUGCAGGAAGUAGUAUAAAAAAAAUAAUACCGUGAUUUGUACGUGAUAUUUGGCAUGAAUACCGCUCG